AUGGACUUGUUGGGGCUGGCUAGCGGCAAGACCAUGGGCGAGAGUGCGGCGUCGUCAUCGAUGAGCUCAACCUCAACUCCAGCAGCUCCCGCAGCUUCAGCUUCAGCCUCAACUUCAGCGUCAACCGGAACGGCAGAAAUCGAUGCGCCCGUCAUCUACGGCAGAGUCGACGCCGAAAACGAAGACAACCUCGAGCUGCUCCGGAGCGUUGCGGAACAUGGCGCCUUGGGCCGUGCAAAACUCCUGAGGCCAUCUCCGGUGCAGCUUCAGCUUCAGCCCAGCGCCCAACGGCGUGACGACGCUACUAUGCAAGGCGCAACCGCUUCAGGCUAUUCCCAACACGCUGAUGACGACGGCCAGAUCCAAUCAGGCCACCGCUUAUCAAACUCCAACAAACCCCCUCCACUGCUGGCCACACCCCCGGAGAUCAUUGACACGAUCCUCUCCCAUCUUUCCGCAUACGACCUCGCUUCCGUCUCUGCGACAUGCCAUGCCCUACGCCAGCAUGCCCUCUCUGAUCUCCUCUGGCAGCCCCUCGUCCAGCAAAACGUUCCCACGGCCCAAGUCACCAGUGCCGGCGCCUGCAAGAGCUACCGCGAGCUGUAUGCGGCCCACGACCGGCUGUGGUUUUUGCCAAAAUACAAGAUCUGGUUCUGUGAUCGAGAUCUGGCGGGAAAGCUUAUCCUGGUGCGCUAUGACCCUAGGCGCAGCUGCAUCGAGGGCUACCAGAUGGUGGCGGUGAGCAACCAAUCGACCUUUGAGAACUGGUCGGCAGAUCAAGACGUUAUCAUUCACGGCUUCGAGCCGGUCGUGAGGCUGCAUCUCGACAAGCCCGUCCUGCAGUUCCGCGUCCGAGAUAGGCAGGAGGAUGGAGGCUUCUCCAAAAGACCCGGCGCUAACCGCUUUGCCGACGAGAUGCCCAUGGCCUUGGACGAACGGCUAGGUGGCAUGUUUAGCAAUUUCCUGCUCACAAAGCCCUUGACUGCUGAGGAGGCCGACCAGCGGGUCGAGUUGGGCUACCCCUACGGCAACAUGUGGCCGUCGCCAGUCAUCCCGGCGAACCACUACGUAUCAGGCGCUCCGCCACGCCGGGGCCUCGCUGCCCUGAAUCCGCGAGACCGCCCUCGUUCCAGAUCGCAGGUUUCGGACCAGACUUUCUGCAUUCGGCAGUGGAUGGAAUUGACGGGCACUCCCAGCCCUCUCCGGUUCAUGGGCCAGGGUGGUCUCGCCGGAGCUCUUCAGGCCCUCGUUGAGGAGAUUGUGGAGGAGGAAGCGGCUGGCGCCGGUGCUGGAGGCCUCGGUGUGCAUAUUGGCGAGGAGCUCAUCACGUACUCGACUCUCGACCCGGCUCUCUACACUCCGACUCGAGAAAAGCCGUGGAGGGGGAUUUGGGUCGGUGACUACAGCGCACACGGCUGCGAAUUCUUGUUAAUCCACCAGCCUGACGAUCCCCCGGCCACAGAUGCCGAAUUGGGUAUUUUCCGCGACGAGAAUGAUAGCGACGAAGUGUGGGAGCAGAAGAGGCUUGAUGCCAGGGUGUACAGAGGUCGUUUGGAAGGCAUCAAGUUGACAGGCGACCCAAAUAUUCCGAGGGGUGAAUACACCUUUGUGGCCAACGACUUGGGGCCUGAUGGCUACGUCAAAACGGCCACGGACGCCCAGUUCUCCGGGGCCAGGAUAGUAAAGAGUGAAGGGCACAUUGCGGCCACUGGAUUUCUCAGAGGUAAGCACAAGAUGACAACUCGUCAUUUUGUUGGUUUCGGCACAAGCUAA